AUGAGGAGUCCUGUGACCACCAUGAAAUCAAUGAAGAAUGGCAAGAAACGGGAAUCCGCAACCUCGCAUACGCACGAUGAAACGGAUUGCGAUGACGAUGCUUCUGUGGGGAAUCAAUCCAUGGCCGAUCAAGCAAGAAGGAGUUGGAUGGCCAAAGAUGCUCAGAUACAACGCUCCAGUCGCACCAUUGCAUCUGAACAGCACCAUCCUCCUCGAACCACGCAUUCGCCAAGCCGUAUCAAGAGCAAAAACGUGAUGCCAUCCUUGGGCAGCAGUCGUUGGAGUUCUUCCGCUUCGUCCGUCGCCAGCAGCUUGAAGGCACCCAUGUCAUGGCACGGUGGCAAGGGAAAACUAUCGCCGUCUCGCCUUUCCGCAGACUUGCCCAAUCCAUUGACGCCUCCCAAUUUACAUAGCAAGAAUAACAAUGAUGCUAUUGGCGCUGCCUCCCCUGCAUUCCCAAAGAAAUCACCCAAAAGUAGUGGUGACGGCGACGACGACAAGUCGGCAAAAUCAGUACGAAGCUUUGUCCGAGGCAGCAAAAUUUACAAGAUACAGGCGCCCUUUAAUUCGAUCAAGAGUUUUGUGCCCAUGUCAAGUGGUUCAUCCGUCAAAUCCAACACUAGCAAGGCGAGUCGAUGGAGUAGCAGCAGUCGUGAUAGCAAGGCAUCCGUGGAACCCUUGCCGGAUCGAUGGGCAUCCAAGAAACGAACUGAAAAGGAACCAGUUCUUGCCGUACCAGUGGAAGAGGAUGAGGAGGAGGAAGAAGAUGACCAUGACAAUGACGAAGCAGAGGAUUACAACGAGGAGUAUGAAGAUGAAGACGUUGAUUUGAAUGACGAAGACGAGGAUGAUGACGAUAGAGAGCCUAGUGAGGAUUUUGAUAUGCCUGUAAACUUUGGCAAGGGACCCGUCCGAGAAUUUGUGUGCGACAGGGUGCCCCGCAAACGGUUUGCGUCUCGAAAUGUCGAAAACUUUCCCAUUUGGCCACCCGUUAUCAAGGUCAGGGGCUACGAAGCCUGUCGGGGAGGUAAUGUCUCGGCUAUUUCCGUCGGAAGUGGCUUUUCGGAAGAUGACUAUUUGACGGAUGACUUUUCGUCGGACGAGGAGUCCUUUGAAGAAAUUGCAAAAACAUUGCCACCAGCACAACGGACUUCCUAUCGAAUUCGAUAUGAUGGGCCCACCAAUUUGAACUUAGAUGCCUACAAGGCAGACAAUCGAUUUGCUUCCACUGUGGAACUCGUGCAACCGGACGGGGCACCCAAUCUUCCCGCAAGAAAUAUGGAUUCAACCCCAGGAUUGCCACCCCGCCGUCGCCAUUCCGAAUUCAGUGAUGGAGACGAACAUAAUAGUGGCACCGAAUACUCGGAAGAAUUGGGCGAUAGCAAGGAAUUUGUCGAAGACUCAAGACGAACACGACCAGAUGUCUGGAUCACUGCCUUGUCGGGGGAACAUGAAGAGGAUGUGAUGUGGAAUGUCCGUCGAGUCUGGGACAUUGACCAGGAAGACGAGGGGGAGAAGGAAGUGUCAGUUCACAGCCAACAAUUGUUUGGUCAGAUUCGGAACUUGGUGGGGGCCAUGGACGAUGAGUCUCUCGGUGCCGACCAAAGUCAUGCUGGGACGGUCACGACACAAAAGUCGGACGUCAAACCCAAAUUACCGACUCGAUCCUGGAAUAUUCAAAAGGUGGUGGAAGCGAAAGGCAAGUUGGAAGGUUUGCAGCCUGCCAAGCAACUGGACGAUAAGGACAUGGUGGAUGACAUUCACGUCAUGAACUCCGAAGCCGUUGUCGAGUUGAAAGAGAAUAUCAAGGCACAAGAAGAAUUGGUUCGACAAAUUACCGAACGACGAACCGAGAAGAAAGAGAAAGAGGCCAAGGGCAUUGUGGAACCGCAAGUGGAGGACAAGGAAGAGGCCGCGCCACCACUUACCCAGGAAGAAAAAGAUAGGUGGUUUUUAGACGAUGACGCCGAGACCUUGGACGACUCUAUCCUGUUUGGCGAACAAAACACACCAGGACCGAUGCCUCCUCAACGAUACACGUCCGAUGGCACAGACACGAUGAUCUCUGUACAAGAAUCCCUAACGCCGAGCAGACCAGAGGUGAAAUCGAAAGAGGCCGUGAUUGUUGAAGAGGAAACAGAAAAACUGGACACAUCACUAAAAGAAGAAUCCAUGCGCUCCGAACUGGAGGAAGCAGCUACGUCACCCAUUGCCAAGGUUGAAAAGGCUAGCGAUACAGCUAGUGUGAACAGCUCGGAUUCCUUGCAGGACUCCAUGCAAUCUACAGGGGAAUCCAAAGCAGUUGCAUCCGUUGAAGAAAAAGUUGAAGAGGAGGCUCCACCGCCACCACCACCAUCGGAAGACAAAGCGGAAGAGAAUUCCCCAGCGCCACCACCUCCUCCAGCUUCUGUCGUUACCACACCGCCACAGAGACACCGCUCCUUGUCUCCAAAAAGCCCGAAGGUGCCCAAAUCACCCAAAUCUCCCAAAUCUCCAAAGACUCCCAAAACUUCCAAGUCACCCGGCCGAAAAGGCAGUAAGAAGAGGACCAAAUCGACUUCGAAAUCACCUCGGACGCUGAAGAAGACUUCGGACGAAGCACCCAAGACGCCUCGACGAAAUACUAGCGAUUCGGAUCUUGCACAGCCCCCUCCAAAGGCCACUCCAAAGAGAGAACGACGAAAAGGAAAGAAAAAGAAGAAAGACAAGAAGGAAAAGAAAGAAAAGAAGUUGACCGCCGCUGACUUUUUGCAAUCUUCUUCCGACGAUUCUGACAUUGAGGAACGCCCCUCAAGUGAAAAGACCCCCAAGAAGGAUAGAAUGCCAAUCAGUCCGAAACGACGAGUCACAGCUUUCGGAAACUCCCGCACAAUGUCCAUGAAAGCCAUGGUCGUGGGUUCCGACUCGGACAGUGAUGACGAUUCUUCUGAUUCGAAUACGGAUUUGGCCACAAAGAAUUUGAUGAAAAAACAUCAAGCGACUUCUGGAGCUGCCACUCCUUGGUGGAAGAAACAACAGGAACAAGCUUCUUCUAAAAAGGGAGCUCGACCUUCUAUUAGUCGAAAGGCGCAAUCGGAUCGGUAUCUUGGAAAGAAAUAA